AUGAGCAUAUUAAAUCAAUCAUUCAACCAACAGGACUCUUGCUUUGGCUUCUGCAAUGAUGCGCCUGUCACGAAUGACAGUCGGCCAUUUCAUCAUAUGCUGAAACAGAUGCCAAAAGAAGAUGCUUUGCCAGCUAAAGUCAAGCAAGAAAAGCAAGAGAUGGACAAUCUACUCUCCCAAGCCUUGACUAAACUCACCUUUGAAGAACGAGAAGAACAUCAGGAAGUUAUUCAUGGUGUUAAAGACACCAAUAUCGAGGACGAGUCCCUCCUGUACCCUGCUCUGCAAGAACUAGAAAGUCAUCUUACAAAUACCAAGAGCGAUAGUGUUUAUGAGAUCGCCGAAAGAAUGGACCCUGCAUAUGUCAGGGCUAGACCCUUUCGAGUGAUGUUUCUGAGGGCAACGGAAUACGAUGCCAAAGCUGCAGCUGAUCGGAUGUUGCGAUUCUUCGAGCUGAAGGAUCAGCUUUUUGGAAUUGACAAGCUGGUCAAGGACAUCACAAUUGCAGACCUUGAUGAAGAGGACAUAGAUUACCUGAAACAGUCAUUCACACAGCUUGCGGGUAAGGACAGAUCGGGUAGGCAGGUUACUGUACAUUUUGGAAGCCUCCUUGGAGUUCUGGAUUCAAACAAGACUUUACAGAACGUAUUGAGGGCACAAUACUUUGUGUUUAUGAAAGCCUUGCAAUCGGAAGAGACUCAAAUCCGAGGAAUCGUCUCAAUAUGGUAUGCCAUCGGAAACUUACAUGCAAAAUCGCCAAAAGGAUACUAUGAGCAUUUCAUGGCCGGUAGGGCUCUACCACAGAAGAGAGCCGCCAUUCAUGUGUGCGUCGACGACAUGAAACAAUCUGCGUUCUGCAGCAUUGUAGUUAAGGUGAUGCCAGCCCACAUGCGAGCCCGAGUGAGAACGCAUUAUGGCUCUCUGACCGAGUGUAAAUAUCAGCUGUCCACGUAUGGAAUUUUGCCGGAAUCACUUCCGCUUGACGCCAAUGGAAACAUCAAUCCAGAUCAGCAGCUGCGCUGGGUCAACUCCUGUAUGAUGGAAGAGCAGCUAAGUAAUGCCGGACAGUCAUUGCCCAAAGCAUUCGAACCUAUUACCAUGCCGAAUCAAAAUGAUGUAUUCUUCACCGGUGGCCAAGUAACCAACCAUUUAGGAAACCAGCGUUUUCAAGCGCUGAUAUUCGACUGCUCUCAAGCUUACGACUCUGGAACUGACGAGAUGAAGCGACAGAUAAUUGGUGACAUCAUUGUCAGGACUCAUGAGGUUGGAGGUCGUUUCCUCAAACCACAAGGCAAGGGCGCGAACAAAAUAUGGGAGGAAGUUCCAACGGAGAACUUGCGGAAGAAGAUUAUGCAAGCUUUUCGCAAUCGUCGCCGUCGGCUGGAUGCUUUCAAGAACAAAGCCACCUUGAUUGUAGGUGAACCCCUACCUCCUGAUGUUGUAUUUGGCAGGGCUCAAAGAAAUCCAGGAAAUGACCUCCUACUCCGCCUGAUCAAGGAUCAAUCCCAAGUGUACGAGUCAUUGAAUCGCGGCGUGAAGAUAAGACUCGUGGAAGGGAUAAUGAAAACGAUAAAGGAUCAAGGUGGUCGUUUCCUAGAGCCAGCACCGGUAAAAGGUAGAUGGGUGGAAGUUUCCGUUGAUAAUGCAAAAGAACGAAUAUCCACAUACUUUCGGAACCAUCGACGGUCUUCCAAGAAGUAA